AUUCACCCACCACCACCAAAUCAUUUCACAAUGUCCAAGAUCCAGCAACCUUCGAAUCAAAUAAAGCUAACAAACGUCUCAGUUGUACGACUAAAAAAAGCUGGAAAACGGUUUGAGGUGGCAUGUUACAAGAAUAAAAUACAAGAAUGGCGAAAUGGAGUCGAAACGAAUCUAGAUGAUGUACUACAGAUCAGCAGUGUAUUCGUCAACGUCUCUAAGGGAGAAAUGGCGAAACAUAAUGAUCUACAGAAGGCGUUUGGUACAACGGAUGUCCCAGAAAUUGUUAGAGAAAUUCUAAAGAAAGGAGAAGUACAAGUCGGCGAAAAGGAGAGAGAACACGAUCUAUCAUCGCUGCGGAAAGAGAUUGCAACUCUUGUCGCUGAGAAGUGUGUGGAUCCAUCGACUCAAGGGCCGUACCCAGUCGGAAUGAUUGAAAAAGCUAUGGCGGAGGCUGGGUUUAGCGUUAAGCAAGGGAAAAAUGCUAAAAGCCAGGUUUCUGAAUGUAUCAGACUUCUACAAUCAGAGUCGAACCUUCCUAUACAACGAGCAAGGAUGCGAGUGAGGGUCACAAUGCCAACUGCGGACGGCAACAGGUUGCGAGAAAAGGUGCUUGCUGGCGCUGAAAAGAUAGAAGGGGACGAAAUAGGUAGCGAUAGGUGGGAAGUGAUAAUGCUCAUCGACCCGAGCCAGUUUCGAGUUAUCAAUGAACUCUUGCAGAAGGAAUGCAAAGGGAAAGGGCAUGUCGAGACCAUGAUGUUCGCCGCAACGGCGAACUGAAGGAUUUAUCAGAUUUAUCCGACUUCAGAUUUCGUUCUCU